AUGGCGGGAGUUUUGAGAUUCCAAGUCAACGGUAACAAGAAUUUGGUUGCGUUUAAAUCUGCUACCGAACAGAGCUUUAAGAGAGCGACUGUGAUCAGAUGUGCUGCCUAUACACCGAAGAAACGGUACACCAUCGCCGUUCUUCCCGGCGACGGCAUCGGCAACGAAGUCAUCCCAGUCGCCGUCGAGGCUCUCCGGUUAGCUGGAUCACUCGAAGGGUUAGAAUUGAACUUUGAAGAGUUGCCUAUAGGAGGUGUGGCUUUAGAUCUAAUGGGAGUUCCAUUACCGGAGGAAACCUUAAAAAGGGCAAAACAAUCAGAUGCUGUUCUUCUAGGAGCUGUUGGAUGGCCGAAAUGGGAUGAUGGUCCUAAGCACUUGAAGCCAAUAACUGGAUUGUUGCAGCUUCGUGCCGGUCUUGAAGUAUUCUCCAAUUUAAGACCCAUUAGAGUGUUCCCUCAGUUGAUUGGUUCGACAUGUUUGAGACAAGAAACAGUUCGAGGGGUUGACUUAAUGAUCAUCCGGGAGCUUACUGGCGGUAUUUACAAUGGAAAUCCUCGAGGUUUUACCACAAAUGAAAAAGGUGAAGAAGUUGGGUUUACCACAGAGUCAUAUUCUACAAGUGAGGUUGAUCAUAUUGCUCGCGUUGCAUUUGAGAUUGCUAAGCAACGGCGUGGUAAGCUUUGCUCGGUUGACAAGGCUGCCAUCUUGGAGGGAUCAAUGGUGUGGCGGAAACACGUAACAAAAAUGGCCUCAGAAUAUCCUGAAGUUGAGGUGACUCAUCUGCUUAUCGACACUGCGGCAAUGGAUCUUAUUCGCCAUCCACAACAGUUCGAUAUCAUUUUGACUGGGGUCAUGUUUGGUGAUAUUCUCUCUGAUCUCGCGGCCGUGAUCCCCGGAAGUGUAGGAUUGCUUCCAUCUGCUUCCCUCGGUGAUUCAGGUCCUGGAAUAUUUGAACCCGUCCACGGAUCUGCACCGAAACACUAUGGAAAGGACACGGCGAAUCCAUUGGCCUCUAUUUUAUCGGCAGUUAUGCUUUUGAGAUACGGACUGAAAGAAGAAAAGGCUGCAAAGAGGUUAGAAGAAGCAGUUUUCGAUGUUCUUGAUCGCGGAUUCAGAACGCGUGAUAUCCACACUACUGGAACUAUAUUGGUGGGUUGCAAGAGAAUGGGUAAGGAGAUACUAGCAUCUCUGAAUGCUAGAGUCUUUGCUACAAAUGGAUAUAUGAAGACAGCAACGAAUGGUUUAGCUGCAAAAGUUUAA